GAACCGAUGAAGUAUAUAGAAGUGAUGAUGAUGAUCAUCCAUAAAGCUAAAGGCAUGAUAUGAUCGACACAUACACUAACUACUAGUCUAGUCUACCGCAGGCAGGGGCUUUCUCGUUCACCUCCCUUUUCUCUCUCUCUCUGUCUCUCUUUCCAUGCCAUAUAUAUACACAUUCACGAGGUGACGCCAGAGGAAGACGAACUGAACAAGACAGCGGUGCCCGUUACGAAAAGCUAGCUUACCAAUAUCUUACUGGUAACUGGUAAAGGGUAGAUGCUGUUGCAGAGUUACAGUUAGUUCAAGAUGAGUUGGAAUUCAGAGAUGGAAUCUCAAUACACGGACACAAUCAUGCCGUACAACUCUAUUGGAAGUUUCAUGCAUUUCUUCGGAGGGGUAACCUAUGACCAUUUGAACUAUAUCUUUGCUGAUGUUCCCUAUGCUCAGGAGAACUCUUCUGUUAAUACCAAUGUUUACAAAUUUGAGCGCUCUGAACCUGGGAGUUUUUCUUAUUAUGAAUUUAGUCAUGGUUGCUAUAGUGAGAAUGGUCAAUUUGAAACCCCUUUGCAGACAGUUCCUGUUAAUGAGGCAGUAGAAGCAGAAGCAGCACAUAUGCAUCGUCGAGACAAUUCAAUCUCCACCUUACAUCCUAAUUCCGUGGAGUGUUCUAGUGGUUAUCAGAACACUUGUGAUGAUGAAGAGGUUGUGUGGCAAGAUAAUAUUGAUCCUGACAACAUGACCUAUGAGGAGCUACUGGAAUUGGGAGAGACAGUUGGGACACAAACCAGAGGCCUUUCUCAAGAACUGAUCUCUUUGCUUCCAGUCACAAAGUUCAAAUGUGGCUUUUUUUCAAGGAAGAGAUCAAGAAAGGAGAGGUGUGUAAUCUGCCAGAUGGAAUACAAACGAGGCGAAAAACAAAUCAAUCUUCCAUGCAAACAUGUGUAUCAUACUGGUUGUGGCAAGAAGUGGUUGAGCAUAAAUAAAGCAUGCCCGAUUUGUUACUCAGAUGUGGUGGUUGUUCAUCGAUCAGCAUAGGUGCUGACUCGGGACGCAACGUCUUCGUUCAAUGUUUACAGAAGAUAUGCUCAUUUUCCUUUCAUUUUGUCCAUCAUAUAGAAUACAAAAGCAGCAUUAAGAUGGAGAUGUAGGAUGGAGAUGUUGGAGAUUACAUUAUAUAAACAUUUAUCAUCUUCAGCUAUAUAGUAAACCAGAUGAGUAAAAUGGGAUUGUAAACUUCUACAAUAUUACACUUCUCGAUCUGAUCGGUUGACCAGAAGUGUGAAAUUAAUCAAGAAGGUUUACUUGUUUGCUGAAUAAACAAUCAAUAUUAUUGGUUGUUGUUUCGCAUUCUCAAAAUCUCGAGUUUCCAAUUUCUCUAUUUUCUGCUAGUCCCGAAAAUGCGGUUAUUGCAUAGAUUUCUAAUGUCAUAAUGGCGGUGGGGGGUUUCCGUUGGUCAUAGUGCUCAUCAACGGUGGUUGGCAUGAAAUCCGGUGGUGAAGGGACGACAGUGAUUGCUAAGAGUUGUAAGCGGUAAAGGUGAUGAUCGGAGGCAGCGGUGCUAACGAUGCUUGGCUGUAGUGGUGAGUGGUGACUGUCCGUUGAUGGCGGUGGUGGUGAUAAAUGAUGGGAGUAUGGCAUAUUGGCAUGAUGGUGCCAUGGUGGUCAAUAUUUGCAAGAACCUGUAUGAGUCAUUAAUGGUACUACUCGUCUCAUAGAGUCACGGUGGCUCAUUAAUGGUAUUAACCUGUCAGUUAAUGAGUUUCAGUAUCAUGUUAAAAUGUUUUUCAUAUGAAUAUUUCUAAAGGAAAACAUUAAAUAAAAAUAUGACUCGUUAUAAUUAUUAUUCCAUAAAAGUGACUACGUGUCAUGUAUUCGUGUUACAUAAAUAUUACGUAGUAUAUGGAUUAAUUUUUAUUAAUAAUAAAACAAAUCUAUUAAGUCGC